GAAAAAUUAUCCCCAAAAUCAAAACCCUAAACCAAAAAUCCAGCUGGUUCAUCAAUCUAGGGUUUAUAAAUUACCACCAAAAAAAAAAAAGAGAGACGCAAAAAUUUACUUUGCUUCCAUAGUUGAAAGAAACAAAAAGGGUUCUCAGUUUCAUCUCACGAGUUGCAGCUCCAGCUUAUCUUCCUAGAAAUAUAAGAUGCCGAGAACAAGGGCCAGUGCUGCAGCUACUAAAUCUGAACCUGAGAAGCCUGUUGAGACUGAAGAGCAGGUCGACUUUGAAGGGGAUAAUGAAGAAGAGGAAGAGAUUGAGUAUGAAGAAGUAGAAGAAGAGGUGGAAAUGGAAGAGGAAGAAGAAGAGGAGGUAGAAGAGGAGGUGGAAGAAGAAGAAGAAGAAGAGGAAGAGGAGGAGGAGGAAAAUGAAAGUGAUGGAUCUGAUGAUGGAAAUAUGAAAGUCGAUGCUGAGGAUGUGGAGAAAAAGCAUGCUGAGCUCCUCGCCCUUCCUCCUCAUGGUUCAGAAGUGUACAUAGGUGGUAUUACUCAAGAUGUUUCUGAGGCAGCUGUGAGGGAAUUUUGUGAGACAAUUGGGGAAGUUACGGAGGUAAGAAUAAUGAAAGGGAAAGACACCACUCAGAACAAAGGAUAUGCAUUUGUUACCUAUAGAAACAAGGAAUUGGCGUCCAAGGCUAUUAAAGAACUCAACAACACUGAGCUUAAGGGGAAAAGGGUAAAAUGUUCUGAAGCUCAAGCUAAACAUCGGUUAUUCAUUGGUAAUGUUCCGAGAACCUGGGGGGAGGAAGAUAUGAGGACGGCUGUAACAAACGUAGGGCCCGGAGUUAUAACUAUUGAGUUGGUGAAGGAUCCUCAGAAUUCUGGUAGAAAUCGUGGAUUCGCUUUUAUAGAAUAUUACAAUAAUGCAUGUGCAGAGUAUUCAAGGCAAAAAAUGUCAAAUUCAGACUUUAAGCUUGAUGAUAAUGCACCAACUGUUAGCUGGGCAGAUCCCAAAAAUGCUGAAACUGCUGCUUCUUCACAGGUUAAAGCAGUGUAUGUGAAGAACUUGCCCAAACACAUUAACCAGGACAAGCUAAAAGAGUUGUUUGAACAUCACGGGAAAAUUACGAAGGUAGUUCUUCCUCCAGCUAAACCAGGACAAGAACAGAGCAGAUAUGGCUUUGUUCACUUUGCUGAGAGGUCAAGUGCUAUGAAGGCCUUGAAGAACACCGAGAAAUAUGAGAUAGAUGGGAAAAUUCUGGAGUGUUCACUCGCAAAGCCUCAGGCAGAUCAGAAAUCUUCGGGAGGAUCAAGCUCACAAAAGGGACCCACACUUCCAACUUACCCUCCUCGUAUUGGCUAUGGAAUGAUGGGAGCUCCCUAUGGUGCUCUAGGUGCUGGAUACGGAGCUCCAGGUGUUGGGCAACCAAUGGUCUACGGAAGAGGAGCUACACCUGGUGGCUUGGCAAUGAUGCCGAUGCUUUUACCUGAUGGAAGAAUCGGAUAUGUCCUGCAACAACCAGGAGUUAUGCAUUCCCCACCUCCAGUAUCACGAGGAGGUGGACGUAGUGGCGGAGGAGGAGGUUCAAGUGGUGGAAGGCGGGGUGACAGUGGCGGACGAGGGCGAUCCCGUUACAACCCAUACUAGGUGUAAAUGAGCCCCAGCAAUGUUUUAAAGCACAAUAUUUAAGAUUACUCACUUUGAGAAUUUUUAAGUUAUUUGACUGAUGCAUCUGUAGUCUGUUUAAAGAAUUGACUCUCAUCUCUAGUCUCCCUCUGACAAUCUCUGUUCACGGCAUCUUUCUCCUGUUAAAGUAAAUUUUUUAUUUU